AUGUCGAGCAACGAGCCCCCGGCCAAGCCUCAAUCGAACUACCGCUUGAAUUCCUUGACUUACACCGUGUCCCGGAGUCCCGGGAACUCUCCCAAGCCAGUCCUCUACCAGCCCAAGGACAACCCCGACUCCUUCUGGACCCACACCAUUGUAUCGGCUCGCACCGCCGCCGACAGCACUACCCAGGUCGUUACUGCUUGGUUCAACACCACCACCACCUUGCUGCACGUCUCCGCCGUCCCCGCGGGUGUCCCCGCUGCCAAGCUGGUGCAAGGGCUACAGGACCACGAAAACUACAUCAAGCACAACCCACACAUGGCCCGGUACGAGCCCAUCCCUCCGGGGGGAAACCACCCCACCAUCCCCGCCGCGCGCGGGGUCGCGGCCACCGGCGCCCCGGACUGCUACCGCGUCACCGACAAGGUGCACACGCUGCCCGCCGGCCUCUGGGACUCGGACGUCGUCAGCACCUACGAGUUCAUUGACGUCGAGGGGGGCGUCUUCGUGCGCAUCCGCAGCCCCAUGGGCGUGGUGAUGGAGUCGCUCUGGCUGGCCAGGGAGACGGCGGACGGCGCGGUGGAGCUGGUCGAGGAGCAGGUGAUUUCGGCGUCGCGGCUGCUCAUGGGCACGGUCAAGUCCAUGUCGGAGGCUGGUUGGAAGGACAUUCACUCCUCCAUGAUCAAAAAGGCACAGGAAUAG